AUGGCAGCCACGAUCGACUUCUCCCUGAUCAGGGAACCCCACCUGCUGGACCUGAUCGACGAGGAGUGGGCUGCCGAGCGGCUACCGGACGACGACAUCCCACUGCCCGCCACCGUCCAGCUGCUGCCAGACGUGGAGGAGGAGCAGAAGGCGAAGGAGCCGGAGAAGUGGCACGAGCUGGGGCUGCAGUCGGUGGGCUGA